UGUGUGUUACGUUCCUGGGAAGGUUCUACCAGAGUCUAAAGGACAACGAUGUUGAGUUCACACCUGCCAGUAUUGAAAAGGAGCUCUUGAAAUCCUGCAAAGAAGCAAAAGGCAAAGAGAACCGCCUGUGCUAUUAUGUUGGGGCCACAAGUGAUGCAGCCACCAAAAUCAUUAAUGAGGUAUCAAAGCCCAUGAGUCAUCACAUCCCCGUGGAAAAGAUUUGCGAGAAACUAAAGAAGAAAGACAGUCAGAUCUGUGAACUAAAAUACGACAAGCAGAUCGACCUGAGCACCGCCGACCUGCGCAAGCUGCGCGUCAAGGAGCUGCGGCGGAUCCUCGACGACUGGGGCGAGGCGUGCAAGGGCUGCGCCGAGAAGUCCGACUUCAUCCGCAGGAUCCACGAACUGAUGCCC